CCCAUUAGUCGGGCCUGGCCUCAGAGGGGGUCUCAACUAUAUCGCGCCGGGAAACCAAAAAUCCCUCUAUGCCUAUAGUGUUGUAGUGACAACUUUCCAUGUAAGUUUCUUGAAAAUUAUUGAAGGAACCCAUGUCCUCCAUCAAGUUUCCGACUUUACGAUUACUGGUUGUAGAUGAUGAUCCUACUUGUCUCAAAAUCUUGGAAAAUAUGCUUAAGAAGUGCCACUACGAAGUGACCACGUGUAAUCGAGCAGAGGUUGCAUUGUCAUUGCUACGCGAAAACAAAAACGAAUUUCACUUGGUUAUAAGUGAUGUCCACAUGCCAGACAUGGAUGGUUUUAAGCUUCUUGAGCACAUUGGUUUGGAGAUGGACCUGCCUGUUAUAAUGAUGUCCGCGGAUGAUAGUAAAAAUGUGGUUAUGAAAGGUGUGAUUCAUGGUGCACAUGAUUAUCUGAUCAAACCAGUACGCAUUGAGGCGCUGAAGAACAUUUGGCAGCACGUGGUUCGAAAAAAUAAGGACGAGUGGAAGGGCAAGGUUUUUGAUCAAUCAGAAAGUGUAGAAGAUGGAGAAUGGCCACAGGAACCACCAGAAGAUGUUGAGCACUCAUCUUCAGCUAAUGAAGGGAACUUGAAAAGGUCGAAGAAAAGAAAGGAGGAAGAUGAAACUGAAGAAAGGGAUGAUAUGGUCGCGUUGAAGAAAGCACGUGUUCUUUGGUCAGCGGAGCUUCAUGAAAAAUUUCUACAAGCUGUUAAUCAACUCGGAAUGGACAGAGCUGUUCCCAAGAAAAUUCUGGAACUGAUGAAUGUUCCUUGGCUAAAAAGAGAACAUGUUGCUAGCCAUCUUCAGAAAUAUCGGCUGUUACUAAAGAAGUCGAUGGGUGUACCACAACAUCCGAGUGGACUGAAUUAUUCUUUCAUCGGACACUCAGAAGCAACCUUUGGGACACCGCUUAACGGUCAACUUCCUGCACAAAGUCUUGCUACCCUCUGGGGAGCGGCAUUGGGUCAGUCUGCAACAAAAUCGUCCUUACAUGUUCCCCUGGUAGACCAAGGAAACCAUUUUAGCUUUGAAAAUCCCAAGUUGAGAUUUCAAACUCAGCAACAGCUGAACAAUAGCAAUAAGCAAGUUAACUUGCUUUACGGAAUCCCAACAACCGUGGAACCAAAGCAGUCCUUACGGAAUGGUAUUGUGGACAAUGCACGAGGUGAUAUAUACAAUCAGGCUUCACAGGCAUAUUCAGCAGUAGAUUUCUCAUUGAACCAAAACAUGCAGUUGCGAGGAAGCAGCUUUCCCGCGAGUGGCAAUUCAGCAAUGUCCACUCUGGCAACAAAAGGGAUGCUUAAGGAAGAGGUUAACACUGACAUUAGAGGAUCUAGAGGGUUCUCUCCUAACGACGAUAGUUUCAGCGGAUUGUAUCAGCAAACGAAACAGGACUGGUGUCUACAGAAUGUUGGAUCAACCUUUGAUACCUCUUAUCAUUCUAGUAUACAACAUCGGAUUUCUUCAAUGGACAAGAGUGGACAGAACACAAAUGCUCCUAUUGCGGAAGCAGUUCUCUCUAGCGGGCAAGAAACUGGACACGUUAAUCUUAUGGGCGGAUCGCAACUUAACUCACUUCUUGAAGGUGAGCCAUUUGGACAGGAGGACCUCAUGAGUGCCUUUUUCGAGCAGCAACAAAGCAUUGGAACAGUUGAAACUGCGUUUGGCGAUGAUGACGAUCCAUUAGACAAUCUUCUAAUGUAAAAUGUGAACAAGGUGCUGCUACAUGGUUUUGCCAAUGCAUGCAUGCAAAGUUUUGAAUGCUAUAGCGCUCAAGCAACGUAGCAUUUUUUUUUUUUUUUUUUUUUUUUUUUUUUUUUUUUUUGUAAAGAUACCAAAUUUCUAACUAAAAUAAUUCUCAUUUUUUGGUUCACUUUCAGAUUGAUCUUAGUGUACAGAUUUGCAUUUCAAUUGCUACAAAGCACAAGUCUCCAGUACUUCCUUAGUUGCUCAUUUAUCUAA